UGGUGCCCACUCGCCCUGUGUUUUGUCUUUAGUUAUAGAGUUCCGCUAUGGUAGAUGAUUAAUGUUCAUUGAUUAUGCCUUACACUUAAUCUAAUCUUAGUGAUUGGGCAAGCACUUGAGCAUAUUUUAAAAGAUCUAUGGAUUCACAGUUCAUAUUUUCUUUUUCGAGAAACCGGUCGUGUCUGAACAAUGUGUUUGAAGUUAAUCAGUGCCAUUUUACUCCUUUUGACUUUGUCAUCAUCGGCACAAGGACACUUAUCUCAAUUAGCAGCAAGACUUCCGUUAGAAGGCACUCCAUCGCCUCCAGGCAGUCUGUGGCCACUGCCCAAUUACUGGGCGAAAUCGGAAAAUGUCGUUUCGAUUGCGCCAAAGGAUUCGUUUUCGUAUAAGGCCAACGUAAAUGAUUGUGCCAUUCUCAAUCGAGCUAUGCAACGAUAUUCUUGGGAGUUUUUGUUUCGCAAUUUAACCGUUACGCCAGGAAAUGAUUUGCCAAUUCUAUCAACGGUUGAAAUCGAAAUUUCUAAUGAGCCAACGAAGAAUUUUUGUGAUGAGUACCCACAAUUAGACACGGACAUGGAUUAUGAGGCUUAUAAUCUAACCGUAUCAUCGGAAAGUACGGAAGGAAGAGCUAAAAUUACGGCUAAAACUGUGUGGGGUGCUUUAAGAGGAUUAGAAACGUUUUCUCAAUUAAUUUGGACCGAUGGUGAAUCCAAUCAUCGUUUUGCUAAUGAAACAGUAAUACGAGACCAUCCCAGAUUUCCCCACAGAGGAUUGAUGAUUGACUCCGCCCGACAUUAUUUGCCUGUGGCCAUAAUAGAGCAAGUAAUUGAGUCACUGUCUUACAAUAAGCUGAACGUUUUACAUUGGCAUAUUGUGGACGAUCAAAGUUUUCCUUUCGUUAGCGUUAAAUAUCCGGAACUAUCGGAAAAGGGAGCCUAUCUACCUGAGUUAGUGUACCAACCAUCUGAUGUAAAACAUAUAAUCGACUUUGCAAGAGAUCGAGGCAUAAGAGUGAUAUUAGAAUUUGAUACACCAGGUCACACUCAAGGAUUUGGCAAAGCUUUUCCAAGUCUGAUAACGCCAUGUUUCGGGGAUGGUGUAAAUCCAGGCACGGCGAACUUUCCAAAUCACGCUGCUUAUGAAAUUUUGAAUCCUAUGGAUGAAAACACUUAUACAUUCAUGACUGAUUUCCUUAAAGAAAUCGUUGAUAGCGUGUCAAAGGAUAAAUAUGUUCAUCUUGGAAUGGAUGAAGUAUAUUACGCUUGUUGGCAGUCUUCUCCAGUUAUUGCGGAAUUUAUGCGUAACAACAACUUUACUGAAAUGAAGGAGGUCCAACAAUAUUACACUGAAAGAGUGUUGGAAAAUUUAAAAAAUAUUGGCGGACAUCCCAUUAUCUGGCAUGAUCCGAUUGAAUUUGGUGUAGUACCUGAAAAAGAUGUGAUUCUUCAAGUAUGGAAAGGAGGUAGUGAGGAUGAUCCGUGGGAACCAUACAUGGAGAGAGCAUUAAAAGGUGGCUAUCAAGUUUUGUUAUCGUCCUGCUGGUAUUUAAAUUAUAUAAAUUACGGCGAAAGUUGGAAGGCAUACUAUGAGUGCGAACCAAUCUUGCCGAACAUAACUGCCGAAGAAGCCCAACUAGUUCUUGGCGGAGAGGCUGCACUUUGGGCUGAAUAUGUCGAUGCAACAAACAUCAUUCCACGAUUAUUUCCAUACAUUGGAGCUGUGGCAGAACGACUAUGGUCACCUGCUAAUUCAAGCACUACCGCCGACGCUAAACAUCGUUUAGACGAACACCGAUGUCGACUUUUAUGGCGAGGUGUUCCUGCUCAACCGAUCUACAAUGGAUAUUGUCAUGGUACUGAAAAGUAUGGUGUUCUUCCACGAGUCAAUGUUAGUUAUGGAAGUGGAAGUAACGUCUCAAUUACCAUAUCACUGUUGAUGUUGGCUGCAGUAGUACCACUUUUAUUUACAAUCAGAAUUAACUAGAUUUCUGCUUUCCUU